AUGAUGUUCUCUUCCAUACUAUCCAAGCAAGUGUUUGCUCGCGCUAGCACAGCGACUCGAAGCUUCUCUACUACCGAGAAAAUCUGGAAGGUUUACCUCAGCGGUGAAAUUCACUCCGACUGGAGAGAAGUCAUCGCAAAGGGAGUCAGCGAAAAGGGGCUUCCAGUGUCUAUCACCUCGCCCAAUACAAGUCAUGAAGAUAGUGAUGAUUGUGGUGCUAUCAUUUUGGGAAUGGAAGAAGAGCGACCAAACUGGGAUAAAAUUGGGGCUAACAUGAAUGCCAUUCGUACCAAAACCCUAUUGAGCGAAGCAGAUGUGGUGGUGGUUCGAUUUGGCGAAAAGUAUCGACAGUGGAAUGCGGCCUUUGAUGCUGGAUAUGCAAGUGCUCUUGGAAAGCCCAUCAUCACGCUGCAUCCACCAGCGAUUAGUCACAUGCUAAAAGAAGUCAAUGCUGGAGCCAACGCAGUAUGUGAAGAACCAGAACAAGUUGUAGAUACACUUGCAUACGUCAUUCGAGGAGAUCUUCCAACACCAAGGGAUGGCGACGAUUGGGUUCCAAUUGCGGAUAGACUUGGAAAGGGAAACCCAAAUCCGUAG